AAUGUUGUUUCUUAUAUUAGGUAGUUUAGUUAUCAUCUUGUGAUGUACAUAUUUUUAAUAUUCUUGUUUAUUUCAUUAGCAUUGUUUCAAACAUUUAAAGAAUAAUUUUGUUUGUCCCCUUUUACAUGACUAGUCAAUUUCAUUAAAGAAGUUUUGGUUGGGGAAUUGUGUUUUACACAAUUUGUGGCAAUAUUCUUAGAACCCAACCUUUGAUAAUUUUUCGGGAUAUGUGUGUAUAUAAUUUUAUAUACAUUUUUCAGAAAUGUUUGCUUGCUUUGUAUACAAUUUUAUGUUAUAUUAUAACUUUCAUAUCAGCAUUGUUUUAUAUGUUUAUAUGUCAUUUAUUAUUAAAUGGCCAUUUCACAAUUUUAUGUUAGUUUGAUAACUUUCAUAUCAACAUUGUAUUAUAUGUUUUUCCGUCAUUUAUUAUUAAAUGGCCAUUUCAAUUUCAAAGUGUAGUUGUUAUUCUUGAAAAUUAUCAAACAGAGAAAACUUCUUCAGGCAAAGAUACAACAAAUUGAAAUGUUGACAUAAAACUUAAUUUAUUGCAAAAUAAAUGUUUUUAUGGUCACUUACAAGCUUGAUGGUGGGUUCCAUUAGGUCUUUAGUCAUAGGUCGAAAUAUAUUGGGUUCGAAAAAGCCGUACUAGUAAGUACACUAAGGUUAUCGUUAUGAGUAAGUACAAUGUGAUAAUUGAUGCGGAUUAAGUCCGCCAUUUUAGAAGAAGAAAUAAUUCAUAACAAUUUUCAAUAACCCACCAUCCCACCCACAUUCAGUAUUCAAUUUUUGACAAGCUUAUAAACAUCAAAAAGUUUUUGUGUUUGUUUAUAAUUUUAUAUACAAAUGAUUUUUCUUUUCACUUCAAGAUAUGUGUGUAUAUUAAUUUCAUACACAGUUUUAGGCCAGGCAAUAUUCUUAGAACCCAACCUUUGAUAAUUUUUCGGGAUAUGUGUGUAUAUAAUUUUAUAUACAUUUUUCAGAAAUGUUUGCUUGCUUUGUAUACAAUUUUAUGUUAUAUUAUAACUUUCAUAUCAGCAUUGUUUUAUAUGUUUAUAUGUCAUUUAUUAUUAAAUGGCCAUUUCACAAUUUUAUGUUAGUUUGAUAACUUUCAUAUCAACAUUGUAUUAUAUGUUUUUCCGUCAUUUAUUAUUAAAUGGCCAUUUCAAUUUCAAAGUGUAGUUGUUAUUCUUGAAAAUUAUCAAACAGAGAAAACUUCUUCAGGCAAAGAUACAACAAAUUGAAAUGUUGACAUAAAAGAUCUAACAAUAAUCUGUCGGUGGGAUUUAGUCUUGUCUUUACUUCGUGUUAUUGUAACGUUUAAACUGAUAUAUCAAAAUUCCUGAAUCAUUAAGGUAUCUCUCCGCCGUCCUCGUUGAAGUGUUUGUACGUGAACAACGUCACAUUGUGGGAGUAGUAAAUGUGACUAUAGUCUACAUUACCAUCUUAUUGUACAGGUGUAAUCAUUUAAUACAUUCAAUCUCAUCGAUAAAGAUCGGAAAUACAUUUAUUUAUCUAGUCGCUAAAUGUGGUGAAAUUUCACUAAUUAUGAUGUAGAAAUACCUAAACAGUGAAAGUGUGAACGGUUUAAAGUUUUUACAAUUUAUUAUAGAUCAAUUUAACUAAUUUGGAUUAAGUGUUUGUCGAUUACGCGUUGAGACUAUCUUCAUUUAAUUAGAUACAUAUAGUUAUAUUUGGUGUCUGUAUGUAUUUUGACUAUGGUGGUGUUACGGGGUGGUUUAAUCAAAUGUGUUGUUGUCGGCGACGACAAUGUUGGAAAGACCAGUAUGCUUAUGUGUUACGCCACAAACAGAUUCCCAUCACAGCACGUGCCAACUGUCUUUGAUAACUAUGCAGGUUCUGUUAUUUUAUCCGACAAACAGUACACUUUACAGAUGAUAGACACAACCGAACAGGGUGACAGCGAGGAGGCCAGACGACAUAGUUACUUUGGUGCUGAUGUUUUUAUUGUUUGUUUUUCUGUUGUGAAACCAGAAACUUUCACAAAUGCUAAGUGCCGAUGGAUUCCAGAAGUUCGGAAUUUGAUGGGAGAAACACCAAUCAUAUUGGUAGGAACUCAAACAGAUUUGAGAGACGAUGAAACUAUUGUGAACAAACUAAAAGCACAAGGGAAUAAGCCAGUUAGUGAGCGCGAUGCAAUCAAUGUUUGCCGGCGUGUCGGGGUGGCUUGUUACUUGGAAAGCUCACCUUUGAUGAAGAAAAAAAUGAAACGUGUGGUGAAUGACGCGUUUGUUUCGGUGUUUAGUUUUAAAGAUAACCAGCACAAUCAUGGAUGUAUAAUAAUUUAAUAUUUUAUUUGUGAAUAAAUCUUCCCUCAUAUUGAGGCACCAAAUCGACAAUGUUAAUCACCAGUAAAUUAUUUUACUGUACGCAGUCUUGUGCCACCAAUAACUUCAGCGGAUUGCUAUAACAAAAUAACUGUAUUGUAAGUUUGUAACUGAUGAAAUUUUCUCAUAUUUGAGAUAGUACAGAAAACGAAUAUUUCACAGGUCAAACCUGAUAAAAUGAAUCCCUGUUGUGAAACGAAAUCCUUCAAAAGACGAACAAUUUACAGGGUGAUCUGUCAUCUUGGUAUUAUAGUACAUGUUGUACUGAUUAAUAGAAUCACACCCUGUGGCUUUCUCCCAGCACCCUGAUAGUUCUAACUGACUUAAUCAUAAAACAAUAUGAGUAAAAUUCUGAGCUCUAUGCAUUUCCGAAUGAUAAUGGUCAUACAUCUUAAAACAUAACAUAAUAAUAUUCUUUAUAAAAAGGGAAAUAGAAAAUAAAGUUAAUAACAAUAUGUUUAUAACAAUCGAAAAAUGCCAUUUUAACUUCAGUCUUUGUUAUCGUGUAUUGUUUGUGUAAUAAUGCAAACACUUCAUUUAAAUACAUUUGUUAAAAUCAGUGUAUAUUAUACAUGUACUGUAUAUGCUCUAUCGAUCCUUGUAAAUAGAGAUGUUAUAAGUUAUUAAAUAUGAUAUAUAAUGCGU